CCGGCGCCCUGGCUCCUCCCGGAAGUGCGGGCCCGACAGGCCCCCCUAGCGGCGGCGCGCCCCAACGGAAGAGGCUCCGGUUAGACGGGGUCCGCUGCCCGCCAUGCUCUUUCGUUUUGGUGUGGUGCUGCCGGCGCGGAUGACGGAGGGCGGAGGCGUGCUCCUGGUGGCCGGCUCCCGGCCGGAGCUGGGACACUGGGAUCCGCAGCGCGCUGUGCCCAUGAAGCCGGCGCGGCCGACAGCUCCACUGGCCGGCCAGGAGCCGGCGCUGUGGCUGGCAGAGGUGGUGCUGCCGGACCAGGACGCUUCUGACCCCUUCUGGUACAAGUUCCUGCGGCGCCAAGGCGGAGACCUCAUCUGGGAAGGUGAUGGGCCCCAUCAUGAUCGAUGUUGUGUUUACAACCAGAGCAACAUAGUAGAUGGAGUUUACUGCCUCCCGAUAGCACACUGGAUUGAAGUCUCUGGACAUACUGAUGAGAUGAAACAUACAACUGACUUCUAUUUUAAUAUUGCAGGACAUCAAGCUAUUCAUUACUCCAGAAUCCUGCCAAACAUCUGGCUGGGAAGUUGCCCUCGGCAGCUGGAGCAUGUGACCAUCAAGCUGAAGCAUGAGCUGGGUGUUACAGCUGUGAUGAACUUCCAGACUGAAUGGGACAUUGUUCAGAAUUCCUGGGGCUGCAACCGCUACCCGGAACCCAUGAGCCCUGAAAUCCUCAUGAAACUGUACAAAGAGGAAGGUCUUGCCUAUGUUUGGAUGCCAACCCCUGAUAUGAGCACUGAAGGAAGAAUACAGAUGUUGCCACAAGCUGUCUGCCUCUUGCACGGGCUACUGGAGAAUGGACACACUGUCUAUGUUCAUUGCAACGCUGGUGUUGGCAGGUCUACAGCUGCUGUCAGUGGCUGGCUGAAGUACGUGAUGGGAUGGAGCCUGCGAAAAGUUCAGUACUUCUUGGCUUCCCGGAGACCUGCUGUCUACAUAGAUGAGGAAGCUCUUAAUAGUGCUGAAGAUGAUUUCUACCAGAAAUUUGGGCAUCUUCGUUCCUCAUGCAAAAUACAAGAGUAGAAAAGCAGAAGUGGGAAAGGAAGGUGAGGAGGAAUCCUUACAUUUGAGCCCCAAGGACUUAGAAAUCAUGAGUCAGAUACUUGCCUCUCCUCUUCAAAUUAUAAACUUGUCAUAAAAGUCAUGAGAAUUUUGUUAAAUAAGUGCCUUUGAGGGCUUUUUAUUUGCUUUCUUCAAGCUGGUAUAAUUCAUGUUUUCAAGCCUUUUGCUGCAAGUGUGAGACUUAGAAACUCUGCAAAGGGAAACUAAGAUUUUCUUUAACUGCUUGCCUACAGGAGCUGAAUUUUUAGGGUAUGCACUAAAUAAGAUGUGAGGUGAAAUAGCUAGGCUUGGCAAUAUUUCAGUGACAAGAAAGAGAAGGCAUUCUCAGAAAAACACAUACAGAGUUUGACUAGAUGAAGGUUCAAAUUAGGAUGGAUCUGAUCAUUGUCAAAGCAGUUGUUUUAGGUGGAGUGUACACUACUGAAGUGUUUUCUGUUGAUUUUGUAGACAAGUAGUAUUAAUGAAAUAGACCAGAAGGAAACUAAUUUUUCAACUCAGUUUCUUAACCAAAAGCUAAUGUCUAAUGCAGUGAAUUAAAAUUUGCUCUCUGCCUAUCUAGAUAAUGUUAAAACUAUGAGUUACAGAUACAUUCUUUUAUACCAUUGGGGUUAUGCUGGGAUGUGACAUGAAGAGAGGAAUCAGCUCCAUUUAUUGCAGUCCACGGUGGUGCAGGCAAAGACUGCUAUUUAUGACAUUAUCCUAGGCUGUGAGAUAUCUAUUUUAAAGAUACAUUUUUGCUGCUCUGGUCCUUGCAGUGCUGUGCAGUGGGUUUCCUAUGUGCUAAGUCAAUCUCAGCAGUAACCACUGGGCUAAAACAGGAACUAUAGGAACUAUAUGACAAGCUUUGACACAUGAUUGACACCAUAGCCUCUUGUGUUGUUGGCCUAGAUUAAUUUAUGCACUAUAGCAAAAGUCUCUCCUUGUGCAAGUGGCGUAUAGAUGUUCACAGAUGCAGAUUUAGACAGUUGAAACUAUCUGUGGGGUGACUAAAUGAAUACCUUUCCCUAUAGGAGCAAAGAGCAACUCUGAGUAGGUUUUUUUAGGAGCUUAGCCUUAGUAGGCUAAUGUUGGCUUUUGGAAGAUCCCUAAUGUUUUCCAGUGCGGCUUAGUCCCUUAGUUAAACUAAGCAGUGGCACCAACGCCUUCCAGCCCUACUCAGAUAAACCCAAUUUGCUGUAGGUUAAGUCCAAAGAGAAGGGAGAGAAAGCAUUUUGUAGGGAACAGAGGAUUAGCAAUGUAUAAACAUUAAGAAACCUAAUUUCUAUAGGUUUAUUCUUCAGUGAAAUCUCAUUUUUUCCACCCAACUUAUUCCUCUAAAGACCCAGUCAGUGCCAGAGUAGUUUAGCUGAUAUAUAUUGAUUAUCUGAAUACUUAAUGGAGAAACUAUUAGCUAUGAACUGUUUAUGGAGAAUGUCCAGAAUAAUAUACUACAUUUCAUUUAUCCUAUACUUCAGUCACCUUCAAAAGGAAAAUAUUUAUUUAAGUUAUUCUAUGUGUGUGGUUUUGAUCAUGACUUUGUUUCUGAUUUUUUGAAAUAAUACUUCCUGUUUAGAAAAUGAAUGAAAGUCAUUCUCUGUUAAAUAAAUGCAUUAUGACAAUUCCAGGA